AUGCAGCCGAGCUCGGCGGCCAGAGCAGCUGCUGCAGCUGGCAGGUGGGGUUGGGGCCGACGGAGCUGACCAUUCACAAGGCCAGAAAGGAGACACUGCAGCCCAGAGGCAGCAGGCGCGAGGGGCAUAGCACUGAUUCGAUCCAGGGAAGUCCCUGCUAUGUGGAUAUUUGUUAGCAAUGACUGAUGUGGAAACAACAUAUGCAGAUUUUAUUGCUUCAGGAAGAACAGGUAGAAGAAAUGCAAUACAUGAUAUCCUGGUAUCUUCUGCAAGUGGCAACAGCAAUGAAUUAGCCUUGAAAUUAGCAGGUCUUGAUAUCAACAAGACAGAAGGAGAAGAAGAUGCACAAAGAAAUUCAACAGAACAAAGUGGGGAAGCCCAGGGAGAAGCAGCAAAAUCUGAAAGCUAACACUCCACUGUGACCUUCCUGAAUAUCUGACAAUGUCUCAAAUCUCCAGGCCCUGCUGGAAUGAGUUUGCUUUCAAGAAUGAAGAGAGGAAAAAGAAAAUGGCUGUGCUGCAUUGCAGGAACCUGCUCACUAUCAUGUUAAAAAUGGGGGCAGAGGCUGUGUCUGCAGACAGAUUUUUCUCUACCUCUGUCAUUAGUAAUGGUUGAAAUCAUGUGGCUUGUGUUUGGAAGUCAUGUUUGUAUGGAUCCUUUCACUUGACCAUAUGAUGAAAUGCUUUUAGAGAGUAGCUCGAUCUAGAUGAUGAUUCUUCCUGUAGCAACUGGCCCCUCACAAUGUCAGAGGAUUUAAUUGUGUCUAAUUGCAAAGGGUUGGUUGAACCCCAGAGUUUAAAUAUCUCUGGCCUAAGCAUUCGCCCAGUAAAAGCACCAUACAGAAAGCACUGUUUUUAGCAUUAUGUAUCCGUGUGUUCUUGCUGUGUUACACUGUUUUGUAUUGUACAAUAUAGAUGCUCAGCACUGCCCCCUUCUUUGCUUACGAAAACAAAAAUGAUGUAUGUUACUGUGAAUUUUUAUACCACUCGUUUUUAAAGGGCUGCAUUUUUUCUUCUCUAUACUGUGGUGGUGUACACAGGAUAAAAUUACACUUUUUCUUUAAACUUAAUCUUUUCCCCCCUUGAUAAUUUUAUUUCAAUGGAUUCAUCAAGAAUCCUUUUCUUUACUAUACAAGCAUUUGAAAAUAUCCACUAAUGUGAAUAUUACCUGAAUUGACAGGUAUUACAGGUUUCUUGCCUGUACAAGAGAAUUCAUUCUACAAAUUUUCCUAUUCCCAAGUGGACAACUUUUCAUAACUAACAUUUUUAUUUUUAAUCAUGAAAAUUUAGGAGAAUUAGGGAGAGGGAUGUCAAAACAGUACUAACAACUAGAAAUAUUUUGUUCAAAUGGGGUCAAAUUUCUCACUAUGUUAUAUGCUACUGUUUAAAUUUGGAGAACAGUUUUUCCCAUGGAAUUACAAAAGAAGGAAAAAAUAGUUUUGCCAUCAUGUGGACACCAAUCACAAAGUGAAGCCCUUGCAUUGUGUCUUUCAUGUAUUUUUCAGUCCUAUCAGAUCCAAAAUGUUAUUAUGCACUUUUUAAUGUUUGUAAACUAAUAACUAGUGUGAACUGCAUUCUGAGACAAUAAUAAUUAUCAUUAGAAGCUAGCAAUAUCUUCAGUAACACUGGUGAUGGUCACUGCUGUGUUUUGACAUCAUGAAUUUUUAUGGAACAUUUCUGUGAGCUGUGUAAUUCUUCUGGUCAGUAUUAUGAAAUCAUUUAUCUAUGGAAAUAAAUAAGGAACCAGUAAUAGGCUAGCAGCUCAUGAAUGACUGGACAAGGAGUAAUUCUGGCAGUAGGAAAGCCUUUAUACUGAAAAGACUUCAAUUACUGCACUUUAGGUCUUAGCAUAGUCCCAUGGGGUUGAUAGGUUUUGCAGCUUCUUAAGAGGUAAUCUAUAUGGACACACCAGGAGCUCAGCCCUCUGUAGUUACAUAGUGGAUAAAAGGUAAGUCUGCCCUCAUCACCCUUUAUAGAACCUUUCAAAUGAUUGGGAUAAGGACAUGGUUGUUGUUUAGUCCUCCAUUAGUUAUUACUUAAUGAUAUUGUUCACAGUGUGAGUCUUGGAGAGAACUGAAAGAGAUACAACUGAAUUUUAGAGCACUUCCACAUAUCUAGCCUAUCAGAGUCCAAAAUGUCCACUUAAAAUUCAAGUAAAUUCACCUGUCAAUGGACUUAUGUUAGGGGCAAAGGGUUUCUGGGGAAAUUUUAGAUAAUCUCUGAUGGUUCUCCUAGAAAUCUAACCCUGUAGUGACAUUUUUAAAGUCCGCCUUUACUAUCCUCAUAGUUUUCUUGUGAAUUUGAAGUUCUCUUCACCUUAAAAGUUGCAGAAUUUCAUGUGGUUUUGUAAAAUUUGGACUAGUGCUGAGUAUGUGUGGAGGGUUUAUAUUCCUGUGUGAUAUAUUAUUAAUGCAUGUGGUGUCAUGCUUGUCUGUGAAUAUUUAAUAGUGCUAAACUGCAAAGUCAUAUGGAGCAUUGGAAUUGUUUGACCUCUUACUGCUGCUUUUUCUUUUUCUGUUAUAUUUGAAACCCAGAGUCUUUCUUAAGCAGGAAGAUAAAACCCUACAAAAUGUCCACAUUCUAAAAAUGUUGCUUAACAUUGUCCCUGGAGUGUGAUACCUUUUAUUUGCAAAUCAGUAAUACACAUGGAGUUGAAUAGAAAACUAAGACAUUCAUUUCUAUAAUAUACAGUGAAUGUCUAUUAAACAAUUAAAUUUAUACUAAUCACUUUGCAGCACACAUUCUACUUAAUCCUCAAACAAUUACACUUAAGAGGAAGCAUUCUCCAAUUUUACUUACUAGAAAAUUAUGGCUCACUAAAGCCUAACUUCUGUGUGCUUGGGAAACUAAUAAGCUGUGAAAUUAAAAUAUGGCUUCUGCUUUUCUCUGAGGAGUUUGCCACUGCACAUGCCAUAAAAUUAAAGCCGAAUGCAGAGUGUGUUUAUCCUUAAGGAAUUUUUAGAGAUGGAUUAUUUCAGUUUCUUUAUUUUAUAGAAGUAAACAUUCCCAGCAAAGGAAAUUGCCUUUCCCAAGAUUACCUAAGUGGGUAAUGACACAGGUAUGAUUAGACCACAAAAAGUGUAAAUUAAUGAGUGAAAGAAAGAGAAAAACAAAUGGAGAGAGUAUGAAAGAAAAAUUAAUUUUUGGUGUGUCGUGCUUCCCAGAAGAGCUUUUCUGGCAUGUCCUAUAUAAAAUUAGCAUUAUCUUUCUUUGUCUUGCAUUUUUAUACCCCAUACCGCUCAUUUUGUAACUAACUAAAAAAAUGAAAUUUUCAGGUUUCAAUUCAAAUUGCAACAAGAGUGAACUUGUCAACUUUUCCUUUUAUCAACUAUACGUAUCCUAUGGCAUUGUAUUAUCAUCAUAAAUGAUGAAUAAUGUUUUUCAGUAGGUAAUAUACAGCCUACAAUUUUUAGCCAAAGGUGCACACUGUUAAUGCCCUACAAUUGAGUCUUAAUCAGACACAGUGGGAAUGUACCAUUUCAGUGAUGAAUGAUACUACUAUUUUGCUUCAGUGAAGAAAUAAGGGUAAAAAAAAAAAACCAUUAUAAGCACCAGAUAGGAGAGCUUCUGAGUGAAGCCUGUAGUAAUGGGCAAACAUGUAUAGUCAUCAACUGAAAACAGAAAAGGCUUUAUGGUUUCUGUUGUCUUAAUUGGUUCUAAAAUGUUCUUUAAAAGAGUGGCAGCCUCUGAAGUCAUUUGUGAGCUUGUAUGACUUUUGUAUUUAGCAAUGUUGCAUGCUCACAUAAUUGAUAUUAAAAGCAACACACUUUUCUGAAAUGUG